AUGGCUGAACAAGUUGCUCAAGCAGGUCAGGCAAACGCCCAGCCUGUGAUAGAAAUGAUGGCUGAGUGGGGCCGGGUCUACCUGCGCAUCACCGAUGUUUGGUUGGCUCGUGGCAUGGCUAUAGGUGCGUUCUACCUGGCCAACAGGUACCUAACUAUGAGGGCUAUCCGUCGGGCUGUUGAGAGGAGGGACCCCGACAACCCCGACCAGGCAGCCGACCCACAGGUGGGCUUGGAGGCAGAGGUGGACUCCCUCCUGGUUCCUGUCAUCUUCUACUCCCAGCUGGGCUACCAAUACUUCACCUCCAUCCAGGGUGGCCUCAAGGCCUGCCUACAGACAGAGCUGGAGAAGGUCGGCUAUAAGGAACCCAUCGACGUGAGCGUGGAGAAGUGGGAGCUACCAAACCUGCCGGAGGGGGGAGCAGGGCCGCUAAUGGGGAUGAUGGGGGAGGAGAGAGUUCUGGGCUGGCUGGGUGAGUUUUUCCUACCGGAAAAGACGAGUAUACUCAGCACAGCAGCAGGGGAUUCUGGGAUACCUGAGGAUGUG